UCACACAAAAAACAAGAAAACAAUGCUUCUUCUUUUCACACUAGUUCUAUUUACUUUCGAUUUCACAAUAUCGAUGCCUUUGUUGCCUGAGGGAAACUUCGUAAGUGCCAACCUUACAGGCAUUAGCAACAUAGCAAAGCCAGGGUGCCAAACAAAAUGCGGGAACUUGACCGUUAAAUACCCUUUCGGCAUAGGCAAAGGCUGUUACUUAGAUGACGGAUUUGAGUUGACAUGCAAUUCCACUCAUUAUGACCCCCCAAAGCUCUUUAUUGGGUCAAGUAGCAUCGCUAUACAUAAUAUUUCAGAUUCGGAGAUGAGAAUUUUCAAUACGAUUGCUUACGCAUGUUAUGACGAAGCUGGUGUACCGGAUAUAUCUGACGGGUGGAUUCAGUUAAAGAAAAGCUAUCGAACUUUUUCACAGAAGAACAAGUUUACUGUCAUCGGAUGCGAUGACUUUGUUUUGAUGAAUGGGAAGCUGAAUGAAAUCGACUACGUUAGUGGUUGUUUGGGACUCUGUAGCAUAGAAAGUGUUGUGCCCGAUGGGAACUGCUCAGGAAUCGGGUGUUGUCAAGCAUCAAUACCUAAGGGUCUUCGAUAUAUCAAUUCUUCAUUCAAAACCUUUGGUAACCAUACAAGUGUUAUGUCACUCAAUCCUUGCACUUUUGCAUUUCUUGCUGAGGAAGGUAGCUUUGAUUUUGGUGGUGUAAACGAUUUGAAAGAUAGAAAUUUUAAUACUAGGAAAAAUCCCAUUGUCCCAAUUGUUGUCGAUUGGGUGGUUGGAGGCGAAGGGAGUUGCUCACAGGCUACGGCAUGCAAGGGAAAUAGCUCCUGCAACGACGUAGAUACUGGUGGGUAUCGCUGCAGCUGUAAGGAAGGUUACGAGGGCAAUCCUUAUCUCGAUCAAGGCUGUCAAGAUAUCAAUGAGUGCGAGGACAAAACCAACUUCCCUUGUUAUGGCUUUUGCACUAAUACUCCAGGAAGUUACAAUUGUACUUGUUUGCAUGGAUACGAGGGGACUGAUGGAAAAAGUGCAGAUGGAUGUAGACAUGUUGCUAAAGAUUCAAAAUUUUCAGAAGUGGUAAUCUCGUUAGUUCUGGUGUUUGGCUUUCUAGCCAUAUUAUCUGGCAUAACUGGCAUUUGCUUUGGCAUAAGGAAGAGGAAACUGAACAAGCUACGAGAAAAGUUUUUUGAGAAAAACGGGGGUGAGUUUCUGAAACAAAAGCUCAAGGCACCAGGGGCUAGUGAUGCCGUGACUAUGUUUAGUAGUGAACAGCUCCGAAAAGCUACUGAUAACUAUUCCGAGGAGCAAAUUAUUGGCCGAGGUGGUUCUGGUAUAGUGUACAAAGGAAUCUUGUUGGAUAAACGUGUUGUUGCAAUAAAAAAGUCUAAACUAGUUGAUGGGACCCAAGCAGAGCAAUUCAUCAAUGAAGUCUUGAUCCUUACACAAAUCAUCCACCGCAAUGUGGUUAAGCUAUUAGGUUGUUGUUUGGAAGAGGAGGUACCAGUACUAGUCUAUGAAUUCAUCUCGAAUAACACGCUUUUCUAUCACAUUCAUAAUAGAUUGGGCGGAAUGAGUUGGUUAUCAUGGGAGAAUCGGCUAAGAGUUGCUACUGAAGCUGCAACUGCAUUUGCAUACCUUCACUCACAAGCUGCUAUGCCUAUCAUACACAGAGAUGUCAAGUCUGCAAAUAUAUUAUUAGAUGAAAACUACACCACAAAAGUAUCAGAUUUUGGUGCUUCGAGGUUGGUCCCUUUAGAUCACGAUCAAGUAACUACUCUUAUUCAGGGCACACUUGGGUACUUGGAUCCUGAAUACUACCAUACAAGUCAGUUAACCGAUAAGAGUGAUGUUUAUAGCUUCGGUGUGGUCGUUGCAGAACUCUUAACCGGGAGAAAACCCAUUUGUGCAGGUAGAACCAAUGAGGAAAAGAAUUUGGCAACAUACUUUGUCAAGUCAAUGAACGAAAAUCGUUUAUUCCAAAUUGUUGAACCACGGUUGCUACAUGAAGGGACUAUUGAGCAGUUACAAGCAGUAGCUGAGAUCGCAAAGAAAUGCCUUAACUUAUUAGGAGAAAAUAGACCUACCAUGACAGAGGUGGCAAUGGAGUUAGAGGGUUUAAGAAAGUUUUCAACUCAUCCAUGGGUUCAACGUCAAGAAACACGUGAUGAAACCAAAAGCCUAAUUCUAGAAGUAGAGCAAUCUGAUCUUUAUGCUGUCCCGUUAAUCCCACAUAGUACUAACGAGCGGGAAUCUUACUCGGGUUCGACAGGAAUUGUUGAUCAAGAAAACAUACCACGCUAAGUUUGUAUGGUGCUUGUAAUAUAUAGACUAGUCCCGGUUGUUGGAGAAUCAGCAUGACCAUGCUUUUUUCAAAACAUUGUUAUUGUCGUCUUCACUGAGUUGUGUCGAGUCGUCUAUGCUUAUAUGCUUUUACUUCUUUGUUUGUCGUCAAGAGUACCUCGUGGGUAAUUUGAGUGAUUUUGUUAGGUGUUUCCUUUUAACUACCAUAUGAUCCUUUGUUAUUCGCAUGAGUUCGAGAUACAUAUGUAACAUAAAAAGCGUUCGUCAUUUUUAUAGUUUGUUAAAAUUUGGUUCAUGACUUCUUAGUUAAUAAAAAAAUUUGCACCAUGCUUCUUUUA